GGAAGGCAGCACGAGGACGAGGACGAGGAAGGCGGGAAAGUGUGGUCUCGUACAAACGCUUGCCGUGGAUGUGAGACGACGGUUCGUCGUUUCUGAUUGUUCUCGUCCUAGCUCGACCUUUGCGAGCCUGUUGUCCGCGUCGAAUAACUCAGAGAAUUUGACGGAUUUCUAAAUUGUGAGUUUCUCCGAGUCCUCGCCUUUGGAUUGGAUUUCCCCGCAUUGCCUUUGCAUUUUCUCUGCAUCGGUCGGAAUUCUAAAUUCUUAGAAGCUCCAGUCCCGAGUGAGUUCCAAAGCGACGAUGAUGGCCAUGGCUCCUAUGCAGCAAAGUUCUCAGCAAUGGGUCGAGAAAUACCGUCCCAAACAGGUCAAAGAUGUUGCCUACCAGGAUGAAGUCGUUCGAACUCUGACGAACACUCUGGAGACCGGAAAUCUUCCUCACUUACUCUUCUAUGGACCACCUGGAACUGGCAAAACCUCCACUGCUCUCGCACUCGCGCACCAAUUAUUCGGGCCAGUGCUGUACAAAGCACGUGUUCUGGAGCUGAAUGCGAGUGAUGACCGAGGCAUAAAUGUUGUUCGCACCAAAAUCAAGGACUUCGCUGCAAUAGCAGUGGGGAAUUCUAAUGCUGCAGGUGACUAUCCGUGCCCUCCUUUCAAGAUUAUCAUUCUGGAUGAGGCGGAUUCAAUGACUGAGGAUGCUCAGAACGCGCUGCGAAGAACAAUGGAGACCUACUCCAAAGUGACGCGCUUUUGCUUCAUCUGCAACUACGUGAGCAGGAUCAUAGAACCGCUGGCAUCACGUUGUGCAAAAUAUAGAUUUAAACCUCUCAAUGAAGAAAUUAUGACAACUCGCAUCAAGUUUGUCUGUCAAGAAGAAGGGAUCCAACUCAACUCUGAGGCAUUAUCAACUCUCAGCAAAGUCUCUGGAGGGGAUCUUCGACGAGCAAUUACUUGCUUGCAGAGCGCUGCACGACUCUACGGAUCUUCAAUCUCAAGCGAUAAUAUCAUCAGUGUUUCCGGGGUCGUUCCCGACGAAAUAUUGGAUUCGCUUCUGGUUGCGUGCAAGAGUGGCCAGUUCGACAAGGCCCAAGGUGUUGUAACGAAUAUUAUCGCGGAGGGGCACCCAGCGUCUCAGAUUCUCAGUCAGUUAUUUGACAUUGUGGUGAAAGCCUCUGAUAUCACUGAUGAACAGAAGGCACGAAUAUUAGAGAGAAUCGCCGAAACCGACAAGGCAUUAAUUGAUGGAGCUGAUGAGUUUCUGCAACUUCUGGACGUGUCGAGUAACACUCUGGGAGCUUUUUGUAACUUAGCGCGAGAAACCUCAGCCUUCUAGUGUAUAUUCUCCCGACUGGCACGGACUAGCGGGUAGACUUGUAAAUUACAUCCGUCCUUAGUGCACGAACUGAAGUUCAUCAUCUCCACGAUAUAUGUUAUGUUUUAGGGGUCAGCUUUUGAAUGGUUUAAAAUUAAUCCUUCGAUCAUUUCUCUGUUUAAAGAAGGGGAGACGACAACUGGUAGAGGGAUUUGCGUAUUACCAAAAUAGAAGAUGGAAGUAUCAGUGCUUGACCACGUUCUACGCGACGUACCAACUGUCCUUUACACUCUUCAAUAGAUUCUAAAUUCGACUAGAUGAAAAUGGACAUUGUUUGCAAGGCCUUUGAGCCAGAAGAGAUACUACGUUGCAUACUUCAUGAGCUCGGAGUGGACUCCACGAUUUAUUGAUGCUU